AUGCCCAAGUGCAUGCCCAACAAAGCCUACUCCUUCAUCAGUACCUCCAAGCUCAACCACAAAACCCCCAAUUAUACCUACAACAGAACAUACAACAACUACAACUCUGCCACCCACGACUACUACAGUGACCACAAAACCUCCUACCACAACGGAAACAACAGCUACAUCUCAGCCGCCUACACCAUCACUACAAAUGCUGCAUCUUCUACAACACCUGAAACAGCAACUACAACUCUGCCACCCACAACUACUACUACAACCACUACAGUUUCUACCACAGCUGAAACAACAACUCAGCCACCUACAACUACUACUUCAACCACUACACCUUCUGCCAAACCUGAGACAACAACUACAACUCUGCAGCCCACAACUACUACAGUGACCACAAAACAUCCUACCACAACGGAAACAACAACUACAUCUCAGCCACCUACACCUACCAUCACAAAUACUGCACGUCCUAUCACAACUGAAAAAACUACAUCUCAGCCACCUACAAGUCCUACUACAACCACAAUACCUUCUACCACAAUUGAAAGAACGACAACUCAGCCUCCUACAACUACUACUACAAAUACUGCCCCUCCUACCACAACUGAAACAAUAACUACAACUCAACCACCUACAAUUACUACUACAACCGUAACACCUUCUACCAAAACUGAAACAACAACUCAGCCGCCUACAACUACUAGUGAAACCACUACACGUUCUACCACACCUGAAACAACAACUACAACUCUGCCACCCACAACAACUACUAUGACCCCAGCACCUCCUACCAAAACUGAAACAACAGCUACAACUCAACCACCUACAACUACUACUACAACCUCAAUACCUUCUACCACAACUGAAAGAACGACAACUCAGCCACCUACAACUACUACUACAAAUACUGCUCCUCCUACCACAACUGAAACAAAAACUACAACUAAGCCACCCACAACAACUACUAGUUCAACCACUACACCUUCUACCACACCUGAAACAACAACUACAACUCUGCCACCCACAACUACUACAGUGACCACAAAACUUCCUACCACAGCAGAAACAACAACUACAUCUCAGCCGCCUACACCUAUCACUACAAGUGCUGCAUCUUCUACCACACCUGAAACAACAACUACAACUCUGCCACCCACAACUACUACUACAACCACUACAGUGUCUACCACAGCUGAAACAACAACUCAGCCACCUACAACUACUACUUCAACCACUACACCUUCUGCCAAACCUGAGACAACAACUACAACUCUGCAGCCCACAACUACUACAGUGACCACAAAACCUCCUACCACAACGGAAACAACAACUACAUCUCAGCCGCCUACACCUAUCACUACAAAUGCUGCAUCUUCUACCACACCUGAAA